CCUCCUCCUCCUCCUUCUCCUCCUCCUCCUCCUCCUCCUCGCUGCCCACCGGCCUGCGGCACCCCUCACCCCUCCGCGGCCUCCGGCCCCACCAGCGCUCAGACAAUGACUUCAUGCGGAUUAUGCAUCUGAAGAAAUCACCAGCUCCCAGAUAGCCACAGGGGGAGGUAUCCAUGUGUUUGGCAGGGAAGCAGCCUCCCGCUCGCCUUCCUUCUCCUCCUCUUAUCUCCUCGCACACGGCAGCUGCCUCCUCUCCAGCGAUGGUCGCCUGCGGUCCCCCCGCGCGGCGCUGAGCGAGGCCCCGGCGCAUCCCCGCUCCCACGCUUGCACCAAGGUACCAACGAGGCUAUUUUUAUUCCCCCCCCUUCUUUUCCGGUUCACCCUCCGCUGCCGGGCUCGGUGCCUCAGCACCCCCGGUGCCUGCACAUCUCCCGCUCCCGUGCUCCCAGCCCCGGCUCCCACAGCGGCAGCAGCGCCAGCCCAGCUCCAGCCACGGCCGCCGGCCCUGAUUCCAGAGUGGCCACCCCGGGGUGCCGGCACUGACCAUGAUGGACCUGAAAGUGGACGAGGAGGAGGUGGACAGCGGGCAACCGGUGAGCAUCCAGGCCUUCGCCAGCAGCUCCACCCUGCACGGGCUCUCGCACAUCUUCUCGUACGAGCGGCUCUCGCUGAAGCGCGUGGUCUGGGCUCUUUGCUUCCUGGGCUCGCUGGCCCUGCUCGCCCUCGUCUGCACCAACCGCAUCCAGUACUACUUCCUGUACCCCCACGUCACCAAGCUGGACGAGGUGGCGGCCACCAGGCUCACCUUCCCCGCCGUCACCUUCUGCAACCUCAACGAGUUCCGCUUCAGCCGAGUGACCAAGAAUGACCUGUACCAUGCCGGCGAGCUCCUGGCCUUGCUCAACAACAGAUACGAGAUCCCAGACAUCCAGACAGCCGAUGAGAAGCAGCUGGAAAUCCUGCAGGACAAGGCCAACUUCCGAAACUUCAAGCCCAAACCUUUCAACAUGCUGGAGUUCUAUGACCGGGCUGGCCACGACAUCAGGGAGAUGCUGCUGUCCUGCUUCUUCCGUGGGGAGCAGUGCACCCCUGAAGACUUCAAAGUGGUCUUCACCCGCUAUGGGAAGUGCUACACCUUCAAUGCGGGGCAGGACGGGAAGCCCCGGCUCAUCACCAUGAAGGGAGGCACUGGCAAUGGCCUGGAGAUCAUGCUGGACAUCCAGCAGGACGAGUACCUGCCAGUGUGGGGGGAAACAGAUGAGACCUCGUUCGAAGCCGGGAUCAAGGUGCAGAUCCACAGCCAGGACGAGCCCCCUCUGAUCGACCAGCUGGGCUUCGGGGUGGCUCCCGGCUUCCAGACCUUUGUGUCCUGCCAGGAGCAGCGGCUCAUCUACCUGCCACCUCCCUGGGGCGACUGCAAGGCCGUGGCAGGCGACUCGGAGUUCUACGACACCUACAGCAUCACGGCGUGUCGGAUCGACUGCGAGACGCGCUACCUGGUGGAGAACUGCAACUGCCGCAUGGUGCACAUGCCAGGCGAUGCCCCUUACUGCACCCCGGAGCAGUACAAGGAGUGCGCGGACCCGGCCCUAGAUUUCCUGGUGGAGAAGGACAAUGAGUACUGCAUCUGUGAGAUGCCCUGCAACAUGACCCGCUACGGCAAAGAGCUCUCCAUGGUCAAGAUCCCCAGCAAGGCCUCAGCCAAGUACCUGGCCAAGAAGUACAACAAGUCGGAGCAGUACAUCGGGGAGAACAUCCUGGUGCUGGAUAUCUUCUUUGAAGCCCUGAACUACGAGACGAUCGAGCAGAAGAAGGCGUACGAGGUGGCAGGCUUGCUGGGUGACAUUGGGGGGCAGAUGGGGCUGUUCAUCGGGGCCAGCAUCCUCACAGUGCUGGAGCUGUUUGACUACGCCUAUGAGGUGAUAAAGCACCGGCUGUGCCGGCGGGGCAAGUGCCGCAAGAACCACAAGAGGAACAACACAGACAAGGGCGUCGCGCUGAGCAUGGACGACGUGAAGCGCCACAAUCCCUGUGAAAGCAUACGGGGGCACCCAGCAGGCAUGACGUACGCAGCCAACAUCCUACCUCACCACCCGGCCCGGGGCACCUUUGAGGACUUCACCUGCUAA